CGACCAGUGGUACAUAUUUAAGCUGACUUCUGAGGUGUUCGGACGAGCCGCAUCCGAUAGUCGUCAAAAAAAGCUCCAUACCUUCCAACAUCCUCAGCAAAAACGUGAGCCCACUCUUCACCAAUUAAACUUGGACUAGUUCGUAUCGUUACGAUUUUUUCCAAGUACCCCACAGGGAGCAAUGGCGACUUUAGCAGGACCUAGUUUUGCCGCUUAUUCAUAUGGCGGAGCUGGUGGAAACCAAACGGUGGUGGACAAGGUACCAGCAGAUAUGCUCCACAUGAUCGAUCCUCACUGGUACCAAUUUCCCCCGAUGAACCCCUUAUGGCACGGAAUUCUUGGUUUCGUGAUCGGCUGUCUCGGUUUCGUCUCAAUAGUGGGCAAUGGAAUGGUCAUCUACAUCUUCUCCUCGACGAAAUCACUGAGAACACCUAGCAAUCUCCUUGUAGUGAACCUGGCAUUCUCCGACUUUGCCAUGAUGACCUGCAUGGCACCACCAAUGGUGAUCAAUUGCUAUUAUGAGACGUGGGUAUUUGGACCACUCAUGUGCGAGCUCUACGCCUGUGCUGGUUCUCUCUUCGGAUGUGGCUCCAUUUGGUCAAUGACUAUGAUAGCAUUCGACAGAUACAACGUAAUUGUUAAGGGACUCGCCGGAAAGCCAAUGACCAUCAAUGGAGCACUCCUCCGAAUCCUCGGAAUCUGGGUAUUCUCCCUUGCAUGGACCGUGGCGCCUUUCUUCGGAUGGAACAGAUACGUCCCAGAGGGCAACAUGACAGCCUGUGGCACUGACUAUCUCAACAAGGAGUGGUUAUCUCGCUCUUACAUCCUGGUCUACAGCAUCUUCGUGUACUACACUCCACUCUUCCUCAUCAUCUACUCGUACUACUUCAUCAUCCAGGCUGUCUCAGCCCACGAGAAGAACAUGCGAGAGCAGGCCAAGAAGAUGAACGUUGCAUCUCUGAGAUCAGCUGAGAACCAGGCACAAAGUGCUGAGUGCAAAUUGGCCAAAGUCGCCCUGAUGACCAUCUCUCUGUGGUUCAUGGCCUGGACCCCAUACCUCGUCAUCAACUAUGCUGGUGUCUUCGAGAGUGCUAAAAUCAGCCCUCUCUUCACCAUCUGGGGCUCAGUCUUCGCCAAGGCCAAUGCUGUCUACAAUCCAAUUGUCUAUGGCAUCAGCCACCCUAAGUACCGUGCAGCUCUCUUCCAGCGAUUCCCAUCGUUGGCGUGUGGUAGUAACGAAGGAUCAGGAAGUGACACAACAUCAACAACAACAACUGUCACCGAAGGCGAAAAAGCAUCCGCAUAAUUCGUCAGAUCCGUCGUCACACGAGAUAACUCAACUCAAUCUCGAAUUUGCAAAUUCAAUUGGACAUGCAAAUAAUUAAAUUGCUCACUCACACGCUGAAGACUCAUAUUGACUCUUGAAACGAGUUCUGGUGUCUUCAUUGUCAUCAAAAAAUUCAAAUUAUCACGAACAUCGAUUACCAUUUUCUGGAAUAUUGAAAUGAAUAUUGAAAUAUCAAAUUGUUGACAAUGGAGUUCACUGUGAACGCUAGAACUCAAUCAAUUCGAACACGAUAUUCUAGUUGAUAAAAACUCCUCGCCGAAUUUAUUAUCGAGUUUGAGAGUCAUCUUGCACCACAAUUUGAAUCUGGCAUUACACGAUAUAUAGACCGGUAAUGGGUUUUUUCUUCUAUUUAUAUUGUGAAAAUGCGUGUGGCAAAUCCAUGGGAUUAUCUGGCAGUAUCGUUGUAUCUGUCUCGAAUUUUGUAUUAUUAAAUCAACCCUUGAAGCAAAAA